AUGGGACUACGCAGCUCUAACAGCCUUCCGCUUUUCAUUAUCUCUGCUGGCACCGGGUGCACUUCGGGCCUCUUCUGCCUGCCUCCAUUCGACUCUGCUUCCGUGGGCUGCGCAAACAGCUUCCCCAGCACCGUGCCAGGCCCAACUCCAGACAACGUGGUGUGGCUACCGGUGAAUGGGAUGUUCGCGCCUAGCCCGCUGCGCCGCCCCCCCUUGGAUUGCGAACCGAAAAUUGUUUCGACCCUGCCAAAUGGUGGUGAUUCAAGAUCAGCCAAGCCCUGGACAGCACAGGAAGAAUUUACCGUCUCUGAUGUUUUUGCUCCACAAAUAGACGAAGAUUUUGUCCAUGCUGCUGAGAAGGCAGACGCACACAACGGGGUAGCGGAAGCUGAAGCAGUUCGAGGUAAAUAUUCUACGGGGUUUCGCUUAUGCCCACCCGAGACUAGCCCCACCAGAAAGGCGACCCCUUCCCAGCCUAGUCGGAAGGAACUGGUUAGCGAUACUGGAAACUUAGUGGUGGAUGGUUUGGGCCACCGCGGGAAGAAUAGACGGAAGAAGAAGUUGCAACGGUCUGCUGAAGUCCAAGCUGCCGCUACCACCGUCCGUGGAUUUAAUGCCAACGCAUCCACCGACGAUGAGUUUGAUUAUUCCAACCCCGGUUCGAAAAACCUUUCCCCAUGGCUUCCACCGCGCGUCAAUUGUGGGAAUAGCCCUGGCCUUCGUCCAUCUUCCUUAAAUGGAGGGAUCAGCACAUUGAAACUCCAGCUGGAUGCUCUCAGUUUGUCGAAUAGUCGCCCCGCAUCUUGCAGCACGAGUCAUCUUGGUUCUCAGACCCCAAGCUGUGCCAGCGUCACUUCAGACAGCGACCAGACCACCAGCUAUGAGGUUCCUUUGGAACAUGACUUCGUUAGCCCUGAUGCGGAUGGCGCCCCUAGUGACGCUAUGUCAUUUGGCAACAAGGAGUGCUUGAAGAACGACCUAUGUCGGAAGAUGUCAGCCGUGGACUUUGAGCCUUUGUCGUGUCUUGGUAAAGGAACCUUUGGAACGGUUUUAUUGGUUAGGCAUUCUAUGACGGGCAUUCUCUAUGCACAGAAACAAUUUCGCAAGGCCUCUCUUACAGUACAUAGGAAGCUGGUGGAACAAACCAAAACGGAACGAGCGAUCUUGGAAAGCGUCAAUCGCCAUCCAUUUGUUGUCAAGCUCUAUUAUGCCUUCCAGGACCAUGAAAAACUUUAUCUGAUUCUGGAGUAUGCACAAGGUGGUGAGCUUUUCACCCAUUUGGCUAUGGAGCGCAUGUUCACCGAAGAAGUGGCUUCAUUCUACAUGGCUGAGCUGGUGCUGGCACUGGAACAUCUCCACCAAAACGUUGGCGUCGUCUACCGUGACCUUAAACCAGAAAACUGCCUUUUGGACGCCGAUGGCCACCUUCUCCUAACUGACUUCGGGCUGAGCAAAGUUGCCGUUGAUGGUCAAGACCGAUGCAACUCAUCGCUGGGCACUGUCGAAUAUAUGGCUCCUGAAGUCGUUCAAGGUAAGCCGUACGGCAAAGCCUGCGAUUGGUGGUCUCUCGGAGCGCUGGCCUUCGACCUUCUUACUGGCUCCCCGCCCUUCAAGGCCAAUAACCACGCCAAGAUCCAAGAAAAAAUCGUAAAGCAGAAACUCGUACUGCCAUACUUCUUAGGCCCAGAUGCAAAGGAUCUCCUUACCCGCCUCCUGCGCAAGGAACCCCACAAGCGCCUCGGCUACAACAUGCCUAAGGACCUCCAAACAAUCAAGAAGCACCGCUUCUUCCGCAAGAUCGACUGGAAGGCUCUUGAGAGACGUGAGCUCGAACCGCCCAUCAAGCCCCUCAUCACGGACCCGGCGCUAGCAGAGAAUUUCUCGUCAGAUUUCACUUGCCUACCCCUUAGCCCUGUUGUCACAAAAAGUGGUUUCCCUGAUGCUUGUGAUGGUGGGUUUGGGUGUAUGGGCUCUGACGGUAACGCUACAUAUCGGGAUAUUAAUCAGUCCGGGAAAGCGGUUGCGGAUGACCCGUUUGGUGGGUUUAGCUUUGUGGCAUCGAGUAGCUUGCUGGAUAGCGGGCUGGGGAGGUAG